AAAGAACAGGAAACGGAAACAGCGCGUCGAGCUAGUGCCGUUAGCUCGAAAAUAGAAAGACAUUACGGCGUUUUUUUAACGUCUCGCGCUUAAAUAUUCCAGUUUUUAAACGAAGCAACGAUGUCUUCGCUUCAGUAUUUGAGAGAGUUGAUUAGCGAGCGACUAACUGCCGCCGCUGAAGAGAUAUUUACACACGUAGAGAAUAUAAUCGUCGACUACAAGGAGGAGGUGGAUCGUCAGCGAAAACUGUUGGAGAUCGUUAGUAAACCUCGAGUGAGGUUACAGCGGAUAGAGCCUCCACAGCAGCAUGUCUAUAAUGAGGAAGAGGUUCUCACUGAGCAGCAGCUCUGGAACGAGGAGUGGAACUCCAGUCUGGACCAAGAGGAACCCGAGUCUCUACAGAUUAAAGAGGAAGUGGAGGAAAUCUGCACCAGUCAGGAGCAGCUUGAACUGAAGCAGGAGGCUGAUAACUUUAUGUUGAUUCCUGAUUAUCAAGAAAAUGAUCACUUGGAACCAGAACCAGACACUGGCCACCAGCUUCUCUCUCCUGUAGCGGAGAGUCAAGAUCAGACAGUCCACAUGAGAAAGAAUACAGGUAAAAAGCCCCAUAUGUGCAACAUUUGUAAGAAAUGCUUUGCUGGUAAAGGUAGCUUGAAUAUCCACCGAAGAAUUCACACAGAUGAGAAGCCUUAUUCUUGUGGAACCUGUGGAAAGUGUUUUCGACGCUGUUCAGAUUUGACAAUCCACAUGAGAACUCAUACGGGUGAGAAGCCAUUUUCUUGUGAAACAUGUGGGAAGUGUUUUCGACAAAUUACGCAUUUGGUCAUUCACAAAAAAACUCACACAGGUGAAAAGCCCUAUAUCUGCAGCAUUUGUAAGAAAUGCUUUUCGCGUAAAGACAGCUUGAAAGUCCACACGAGAAGUCACACGGGCGAAAAGCCACUUUCGUGUCAAACAUGUGGAAAGAGUUUUCGACAAAGUUCAGCUCUGAUAAUCCACAGAAAAACUCACACCAAUGAGAAGCCCCAUAUGUGCAACAUUUGUAAGAAAGGCUUCAUGCUCAAAAAUACCCUGAAGGUCCACAUGAGAACUCAACACAGGUGAGACGCAUCACGUAAACAAACCACACAGGAACUGCGGCCUUUGUAGGAAAAGGUGGUUUAAGAAACCAUUGAAGCAAAAACUUGAUUCUGAGAAGACGUCACAUUAUCUGUGUUUAUUAUUGAUCUUUACAUUUUAUUGAUCUAGCCCAUUUUUUGUUUUGUCCUGUAUAUGAUGAUUGUCCUUUUUUUUUACACCACCUAAUGAAAAAGUAACAUUUAUUCUAACACUGCUUCAUUUACUCAUUAAUCAUGAACCUGAUUUACUUUCUGUUUGGGACCUUGACCUUUUAAGGCCCCAGGUCUCUGCUUCCAUGGAAAACAAUGUGCUCCGAACAUGUUGCGCCUGACAGUGGAAAGGAAAGGGAAAUCAUCUUUAUUGUCGUGAUCAUACAAUUUUAUAUGCACAAAAAUAACCUCACAACCACAGAGUAGACAAAGCUCUGGGCCCACCAUGUGAUCCCUGGCUUGGAUCGAAGGUUGGGAACCAUGGAAGAAACCUUUGAGGCAAAAACGUCACGGUAUUUGUUUAUUGAACAUCAGCAGUCUCUUUACAUUUCAGUAAAGUAGCUUUUUAUAUGAUGAUUGUUCUUAUAAUCUAAACGUGUAUUGCCGUCUUUUUUAAAGUUUUGACUAACUGUGCUCCUUUUUUACGUCACCUGUGAUAUAAUGAGGAAUAAAAAUGUUCAUACAUAGA